UAUUCAUAUUUUCCGUAGUUCUUUGAAGUUUUGUAACAAGCGCUUUGUUGGAGCAAAUGUUAUCGAUAACACUUUCAUCAACGGUUUUAUCGUAAAAACACUUUGGCUUUUGUUUUGAUUCUUGUUCUUCAUUAUAACUGGAAGAAAAAAACUUCGAAUUUUGGGGAAUAUUAUAAAGAUUUAGCGGCAUUGGGUACCGUUUUCAAAUUUGUGUUUCAAAAUAAAUAUCAGGGACAAUGAAUUUAGUUGAACUUAUUGAAGCUGUAAAGAAAGAACCAAAUAUUUAUAAGAACCUACACGAAGACGACGAUGAAUUCCAAAGUGAAUGGCAAAGUAUAGCCAAUAAAUUUUGUGUUUCAAUAGAUGAAGUCCAAAGGAAUUGGAACAGAAUACUCUACGAGUAUAUGGAGUAUUUAAAAGGCAAUGAUGAUUUCGAAUUGGCAAAAUAUAUGGACUUUUUACAACCAUAUAUGUUUACAAUGAUUGACGAUACCUCCAUAGAUGAGGAAGAAUUAAAAAACAUAUUAAAAGAUGAUGAUGAUGAUGUUCAAGAAGUUUCACAAGAUUUGGACAAAUCCCCUGAAAAUGUAUUAGAAGAAAACCAGGAAAAACAAGAACGGGGAGAAGAAACACAAGAAAUUUGUUUUGAUGAACCGCCGCCACCAAGUAUAGCAUUGAAUACAACGCCAGCGGAAGGAAAAUCACAAAUAGACCUUGUUGAUACAGCAAAAGUCCCUGAAACGGUUGCAAAAGAAAAAUCUCAAACACCACCAGCUAUGGAUAACAAUACGUCAACAAAAAAUGAUCCGUCUUUCACCAAUCUAACAUCUAUGGAAUUAAUAUUCCUCGGAUACGCCAAACAAUUACAAAAAAUGCCUUUAUCCCUACAAUUGAAAACAAAACGUAAAAUAGCAGACAUUAUGGAUGAUGCUGAACUUCAAAUGAUGGAAGGAUUAUAAUGAAAGGGAAGGAAAUAGUUUAAGAAUAAUGUCAAAAUAAAAAUAAAAUACAUAAAAAAAAUUUAUAAAAAAAAUAACGUUUACCCAAUAUAAAUGAAUGGGAAUAAAGAAACUGUUGAUGAUUCUGAAUCAAA